GGGGCCAACUUAUUUUAUGACAUUGCGCAAAGUGCAAUUGUUUGGUGUACGCAAUGACGGAACAUCAACACAAUACAACUUCCUUGUAGACGAGAAUGAGACUAUUGGCCCUGAUGGUACUCAAACUCACGGACCUAACGCUGUUAUCAGUAUGGUGGACUGGGUGAUAGAAAGGGACAAUGCGGAGGGACCAACAAUUUCACUACAUGCCGAUACCUGCCCAGGACAGAAUAAAAACUACUAUAUGCUGGGAUAUUUAAUGUGGCUUGUUCUGUCUGGACGUCAGGAGAAGAUAGAAUAUAUGAUGCAGAUACCUGGUCACGCUCGUUGCCAUGUUGAUGCUGGCUUUGCCCGCAUUAAACAAUUUACCGCAGGACAGACACGGAUGCUCUUGGCCAACUUACGGAAGUUGUAAAUCAAUCGUCA